GCCUCGCGCGGGCUGGAAAGGGCAAAGGGCGGGGGCGAGGCUGACUGACUGACUGGCGGCCGGGGGUCGGGCUCGUGGAAAGCGGAAGCGAAGGCGGUGGCGGCCGGUCGAGAGGACGGUUACGAUGGGGUCGCUCUCGUUGGAUGGCCUCCUGCAUGUCUUCUCCUUCUUGGAGGCUCCGGAUUUACUCCGCGCCGCUCAGGUGGACAAGUUUUGGAACGCAGCAGCAGAUUCAACGGUCCUGUGGAGAAAGCUCUGCCUAGAACGUUGGGUGUUUUGCAAUGUUUCCCAUUCAAGCUUCGAAACAUUCACAUGGAAGGAGUACUACCUUCAUCGCUCCCAACUUGAGCACAAAAUGGCAUCAGGGAGGCCUUCAAGUGAUUAUAUAUCUAAAGCCAUUAGGGGCUUCAAAGGAGAAAUAAUAAGCAUGGCUUAUCUCACAGCGUACGAGUACAGUUUUCAGAAGCAGGAGAGAUCCAUUAUUUGUACCUUGGGUUCAGAUGGCCUCAUCCAAGCUUGGGAUAUUCACGAGGGUGAAGAAAUUUGGUCACGCCGUGUACCAGACUUGCCCCCGCAAAGUCUUGUAACAUUACCUCGGUUCCAACUGGUUAUUACCACACAUGUGAAAGGAACCAUCAAGGUCUGGAACGGAGAAACUGGGGCAGAACAGGCUUCAUUCUCCACACAAUCCUCCUCGUGUACUUUGGCGACCUAUAUGGCAAAUGACAGCCCCUUUCUUACAGCAGCCACUGCAGGAGGCACCCUGUAUACAUUAACAGUUCCUCAUUUAAAUGAGGUUUCACGUGUUACCGCAUCUCAAAGCAGCAAUGUUAAUUUGUUGCUCUGCUCAACUAACAUGAAGUGGAUAGUAACAGGAUCUAUUGUGAAUUUAGAUUCACCUACAAAGGUAUUCCAUACAGAUUCCUUGACUAGUCCUUGUGAAGAUAACCUGCCUUUGUCGACUUGUCUGCCCAUCAUGAACUGUGCUGCUGCCAGUUGGGCACCCUCAGAAGAAGCAAGAAUAACCAUAAUGCAUGGAGAUGGCUGGGCAGGUCAUAUGUCCAUCACCACUUUUGAUAUCAUCACUAAGAAGUCCAAGUAUAAAAUGGAGAUACAGGCACACGAGGUUGCAAGUUGCAUGUUACCGGAGACCACCGCUAGAUCCUCUCUACUGAAAAGCCACGGUGCUGACAUGAUUCUUCUGGGAACUGGAUGUGAGCUGAAGCUCUUCUCAAUUUUUGGCACGCAGUUAGCGGUCUUCCAGGAUCACCAGCGUACCAUUUCUUCCAUAUGGGUGGAUCCCUUUAGGGUCAUCACCGCUUCCUGGGACCUCUCUCUUCGUGUGUACAUGUGGAAAAGGGAAGGCAACAUUACUGUGCUGAAGAGUUGUUAUCACUUACUGGGGGGAUCCCACAGAUGGGCAAGGGGAUUCACUGAUGUGACCUGUGACGGUGUAAGCAUUGUAGGAGCGUUAGCUGGAAGAGAUGGGGCAGAUUUCCUAAGGGCGUAUACCUUCAGCCUCUAAUGUGUUUAAAAUGACAGCAGUCUGUAGGUAACCUCAUCCCCUUUCUUGUAGAGAAUGUUGGUACUUAUAGAGCUCAAAGAAAUUAAUUUGCCAUAUAAAGUUAGUUGCACUAAUUUACAUCCCGAGAAGCAGCAUGGCCCAGUGGAAUGAGCAUGGUCUUGGGAGUCAGGAGACUCUCGGCUCCACCACUU